GCGGCACCGACGUGGACAUGCCAACGGAUGAAGAAGGUGCCACGACUACGAUGGAGGAAGAAACAACUACUGAGGAAGUGACGACCGAAGCACCCACCACCAAGGCACCCACUACCAAGGCACCCACCACCAAGGCACCCACUACCAAGGCACCCACAACCAAGGCACCCACAACAACUAAGGCGCCGACAACCACAAAGGCAGCACCGCCAGCGAACUCUAAGCCCUGCAGCCAGAUCAUGGCGAUAGGCACGUUCUCAUGUCAGCUUCUCCAUGAUCGAUCGAAAAUGAGCUACGCGGCGAUCGACACCGU